AUGCUGUAUAAUAAGACAGGAGAUGGUCACCACCUUGUAAACUAUGGUGUGCCACAGGACCAUCACCAGAGUCAUUAUGCUGUAGUUACUACACCUGAAUACAAAGGAGAUCAAGUUAACAAGUCUGUCUUCAUCAUCUUCUUCCAAGGAGACCAGCUGAAGAGCAGAGUGAAGAAAAUCUGUGAGGGUUUCCGUGCCACUCUGUACCCCUGCCCAGAGACCCCAGCAGAGAGGAGAGAGAUGGCUAUUGGGGUGAUGACACGGAUUGAGGACUUGAACACUGUGCUUGGUCAAACCCAGGACCACCGCCACCGUGUGCUUGUGGCUGCUGCUAAGAACAUUAAGAACUGGUUUGUGAAAGUGAAGAAGAUCAAGGCCAUCUACCACACCCUGAACAUGUUUAACCUGGACGUCACCCAGAAGUGUCUGAUUGCUGAGUGUUGGUGCCCAGUGGCUGAACUGGACAAGAUACAGCUGGCCCUCAGGAGGGGCACUGACCGCAGUGGCAGCAGUGUUCCAUCUAUCCUGAACCGUAUGACCACCAAGGAGGCGCCUCCCACCUACCACAAGACCAACAAGUUCACUGGCGCCUUUCAGAGCAUCAUUGAUGCCUAUGGUGUGAACACAUACGGGGAGAUGAACCCAACUCCGUAUACCAUCAUCACCUUCCCCUUUCUGUUCUCUCUCAUGUUUGGAGACGCAGGUCACGGGUUCGUUAUGUUCCUGUUUGCCCUGGUUCUCGUCAUCAAGGAGAAACAGAUCAUGGCCUCCAAGUUGGAUGAUGAGGUGCUUGGUCAAACCCAGGACCACCGCCACCGUGUGCUUGUGGCUGCUGCUAAGAACAUUAAGAACUGGUUUGUGAAAGUGAAGAAGAUCAAGGCCAUCUACCACACCCUGAACAUGUUUAACCUGGACGUCACCCAGAAGUGUCUGAUUGCUGAGUGUUGGUGCCCAGUGGCUGAACUGGACAAGAUACAGCUGGCCCUCAGGAGGGGCACUGACCGCAGUGGCAGCAGUGUUCCAUCUAUCCUGAACCGUAUGACCACCAAGGAGGCGCCUCCCACCUACCACAAGACCAACAAGUUCACUGGCGCCUUUCAGAGCAUCAUUGAUGCCUAUGGUGUGAACACAUACGGGGAGAUGAACCCAACUCCGUAUACCAUCAUCACCUUCCCCUUUCUGUUCUCUCUCAUGUUUGGAGACGCAGGUCACGGGUUCGUUAUGUUCCUGUUUGCCCUGGUUCUCGUCAUCAAGGAGAAACAGAUCAUGGCCUCCAAGUUGGAUGAUGAGAUUGCAAACACGUUCUUCGGUGGGCGUUACAUCAUUAUGAUGAUGGGCUUGUUCUCCUGUUACUCCGGUAUGAUCUACAACGACAUCUUCUCCAGGUCCACCAAUAUAUUUGGUUCUUCUUGGACGGUGCCUGAAAGUGAAUUCGUAGUGAAUGGCACCCGGAGCCUGAAGCACUUUCCCAGCCAGCUGCAGGGUGACCCCAACAUGACAGCCUACUUCACCAGGGGGGUCUACCCAUUUGGAAUAGAUCCAGUAUGGCAGUUGGCUGAGAACAAGAUCACUUACACCAACUCCUUUAAGAUGAAGCUGUCUAUCAUCAUGGGCGUGUUUCAGAUGAUGUUUGGGGUCUGGUUAGGACUGUUUAACCACAUGCAUUUCAAGAACAAGCUGAGCAUAUUUUGCGAGUUCAUUCCUCAGGUGCUGUUCCUGCUGUGUAUGUUCGGCUACCUGGUCCUCCUCGUCUUUGUCAAGUGGUUUGUCUUCAAUGCCAUUGACAAUGGGAUGAACACCAACUGUGCACCCAGUCUGCUCAUUGGGUUGAUCAACAUGUUCUUGUUCACCUACCCUAAGAGAGGCCAAGCAGCCUGCAGUACUAUCACUUGGUAUGGAGGAGCUGCAAGCUUCUUCGUUAUAAACAAUGGUGAUGUUACACAAGAGGAAGGCCAAGGUCAACAGGUGUUCCAGAUCAUCUUAGUCCUGCUUGCCCUGCUGUGUGUUCCCUGGAUGUUGCUGACCAAACCUCUGCUGCUCAAGUUCAGCCCCUCCAUCAGGGCUUCUUAUAUGGCAUCAAAGAAACAUGGGGAACAGGCAGAAAGUGCCCCAGCAGACACCACUUCCGAACAGGAGAUAAUCCACCAUGACGCAGUGCAAGUGUCCACGUCUGGAGCUGGGUUGCCAGCACCAGGGGGCGCUAAGGAGGAGGACUUUGACUUUGCUGAGGUGUUCAUUCACACAGCCAUCCACACUAUAGAGUAUUGUCUGGGCACCAUCUCCCACACAGCCUCCUACCUGCGACUGUGGGCUCUCAGCCUGGCCCACGCACAGCUGUCUGAAGUGUUGUGGGACAUGGUCCUGCAGAUUGGCCUCAGACAGGGCAGAUAUUACGGUGGUGUCAUCCUGGUUCCUAUCUUUGCUGCCUGGGUUGUGCUGACCAUCGCCAUCUUGUUGUUGAUGGAGGGCCUGUCAGCUUUCUUGCACACUCUGCGUUUGCACUGGGUGGAGUUCCAGAGCAAGUUUUACAAAGGCGAGGGCUACGCUUUCCAUGCCUUUGACUUCCAGCAAAUCAUUGAGACAGCUGAGGAGUAGUCGUGCUUGGUGACAGAACCCCAUCGAAUGACCACUGCACAUACCAAUCAUGGUCAUAUUGUUAUUAUUAUGUUAUCUGGAUGUUAUAUAUUAUCAGUGACUCUGGAUGUAAUUGUUAUAAAUCAUGCAUGUCUGUGUUUUAAACAAUGGAAUUAAUCAUUUAACUCAUUGUGACAAUGUAAAUUCUCAAAAUACAAUGUCCAAUCUACUUUUGCUCUGGUAGAAUGUUUUUGAGUCUCAUUGUUAAUUUUGAUUUUUCCCAAUUUAAGGUAUUUAAAGAAUUGUAAUUUGAUAUUUUUUCUAAAGAAUCAAAGAAUUGACAUUAAGCUUUGAAAUUAAUUUAAGUUUUGUGCAAAAAUUUGUCCCAUUCUACUAACAUUUUUCAUGUUUUAAAGCGUUUCAUAACUGUUUAAAUGUGCAUUCAAAAUCUCUCUUGUAGUGGCUUUAUGCAAAAAGAAAGUACUAUCAUCACUCUUUUCAAGAUGAAAUAUGAGCUCCAAAUAUUGAUUUAUGAACAGUUGACAAACCAACUUUGAAUUUAUUUAUCAUAUAAUACAGACAUUUCCCAGUUUGACAUUCUUUAGUUACUGUUAUUUGGUGAAGGGCAUAACGUAAAUUAUAUGCUGUUGGUGGCAAAACGUUCUCUCCUGGUGGAAUUGUAAAUGGUAUGUGUACUUAAAAAGUACACUCAUAAAGACUGACUUUAAUGGUGAAAUGUGGGUGCUAUUUCUGGUAUGUUAAACAUGAUACACAUAUAUAUCAAAGUGCAAUAUAAGAUAUCUUUUCACCUCUGCACCCUGAUUGCGGAACAGUAGUGAUAGGUAAACUUGAUGUUUUCGUAUGUCUCGAUGGGGAUUCUUAAUGGAAGGUUUAUUUGUAACAAAAUGGUGGUCUAAUAAAAGCUGUCUUAAGCAAAA